ACCGAAACUUGUUCCUCUCAUCUACUUCCCUGUGCGCAGCGUUGUUGCUUGUUGCGAUCCUGAGGCUGUGGCUCCAUCGUGAGGACAACCUGCUUCACAGUAUCGUGUUCAUCGAUAAGCACGACGCGUGCAUACGUAUAUCCACAACAAAUUCAAUGCUAAAAGAUAAGGAAACCCAACGAGGAACGAUAAUUAUUCACAGUUAAUAACUAAAUGUUCCCCCACCCAGCGCCCCGCUCCGCCUCCCCGCCCUGACGCCGCCACCUCCGGCAGCGCCGCCCGCAGCCACCCGCGUCCACCCCACCUCACAUCCUGUGGUCCAGGUCCCACGCCUACUCCACGGCCUCGUAUCUUCCCCCGCAUCUCCCACAAACCUAGCUGGCCUGUGGAGGGAGUCGCCGCCGCCGCCGCCACCCAAAUCCGUCCUUCCCGCUCACCUCAACGACAUCGCCGUCCCUGCCACACCCAUCUCCGUCUAGGAUCCGCCCUUCUAUGCUGACAUCGUCCGCUGGAAGUGCCCAGUUCCACCACGCCAAAAUCUGCAAGAUCCACAUCGACCACGCAAAGCUCCACCAUGCCACCCCCUCACAUCCACCAUAUCCACCCCCUCUAGAAGCUCCUGCUAUGCCGUGCCACCCCACCUCUAUGCCAACUGCGUCCGCCGAGGCCGCCCAGAUCCAGUACGCCGUCCAUAAAGAUCUGCCAUUACUACUCCCCGUAGAAGCUUGCUUUAUGCCGCGCCCACCCACCACUCCGCCUAUCGAGUCAAUGCUCGACGCGACGGGAGCCUGCGCCGCGCUGCUCCAUCGAGACCCGCGCCAUCGCAUCAUACUCCGGCGGCAACAGUGCAGCGUGGUGAGGACGAGCCAGGCUAGACCCGCGUUUAGAGGCAAUGGAGGUGCAAGACUGGGCCGGAGGGUACACCUGCACGCGCAUAGCAUUCAAGGCGGCGCCCGUCCCCGCCACCCACCUCCUCCGCUCGAUCGACGUAGAAGUAUUCAAGGAGGGAACUCGCGGCCGGACCCCUCUCCAAAACCGCCUUCCACCUUCGAACGCAAGGCCGUUGCUUCCGUUGCCUCGCCCACGACCACCGCGCCAGCUCUUGCAGGGAGCCUAUCCGCUGCCUCCGCUGUCUCCGGCAAGGGCACAAACAGAGCUUCUGUCGCGCAACCCACCGCAGUCGUAGCAACCCCAGCUCUGCUCAAGACAUACACAGCCCUGUUCCCUCUCGCCGCCAACCCCUUGGGCCAUCAUCUGCUGCUCCUCGCGGCCCUUCGAAGAUGAGAGACUUCAGAGUUGACGACCCGACGCUUAGGCUAGAGGUGGACAGACUCCAUGUCCCCACCUCUUUUGAGCUGGAGCGGGAGCUGCGGGACUGGGAGGGAUGUGCUCUGGUCACCUGAGCCAUGCACGUCCCACCCAACACCACGGCGCGUCAUCUGGAGGAGGCCCUCAUCGCUAAUUUCAGGCUACGCCCGGGCGACGUUGAUGUCACCAGGCACCGCCCUGAAGCGUUCCUCAUCCACUUCCAGAAUUGGCGCAACUGCGAGGAGGUCAAUGCAAAAGGCAAGUUCAAGUGUCACGGCGUGGAGGUUUGCGUCUGACCAUGGAGAAGACUCACGGCCGCCCUCGAGGCGGCGCUGUUCUACAGGGUGCGCCUCGUCCUUGAUGGCGUCUCGAGGCAUGCGUGGCAGCUGGAGCUCGUCGAGAUGAUUGUCGGCUGCACCUAUUCGCUUCAGUGCGUGGACACCAACCUCCUGCACCCAACAAACACCCGCGGGAUUGAGCUGUGGGCGUGGACGGACGACCCAAGCAGGAUUCCAAAGGUCAUGUGGCUAAUCUUCACCACCGGAAUCCUGGAUGCUUCUUCUCCCUCUAUGCAGGUCGACACCCCUCCUCAACGGUGGCACCGCGGAAUCAAGCACCGGGUGAUCAUCCACAUUUGGGAGAUACACGACUUCUCCGAGGUGUCUACCGACCACCAUGACCCGGACAUGGCCGUGGGUGAACCAGAGCGACGGUGCCUCCCCUGGUACUAGGGCAUCCGGGAUGGUGACCAGGUGCCGACGGCCGCGUUCGAGCCAUUCCAGCACCCACCACCCCCAUGCGUACAAGAGCGGCAGAACGAGCGUGAAGAGGAGGAUCGUCGUGACCGUGCACGCCGCGACCACGUCGACGAUCACCCGAACUUCCGCGACGCCUUCGACGCCAACGACAACAACGACAACAACGACCGCGACCGCUGGCCAUGUGACCCCCGCGGCCACACACGGCGCCGCGAUGAUGGCUACGGGCACCACCACGACACAGUGCGCAGGGAGUGGUCUCGCUCUCCACGACGCUAGAGUCGGAGCUCUAGCACCUACGGUGGAUGCCGCAGACAAGCCGCCAGCGACGAUGGCACUCCAACGACACCGGAGAAGCUGGAAGCGCGAAGACAGAGGGACCUCAAGCUCAUGUUCUCCCUCAACGUCACCACCAUGGAGGACACGACCAAGAAGCUGCUCAACCUGCAGUCCGUACUACAGCCGACGGCGCAGGCCAUCCCUUCGCCUCGCCUGCUGCAACAGCUCUUCUCCAAGGCGGAAGAAAUGAUGGAACACCCGGGGGAUGAAGCCUGGUUCGAUGUUGGUAGUGACAAGCAAGGAUACAAGGUACCAAACACGAGAACUAACUAUAUGUUGCCUGCACGCCAUGUCUUUUAUCGCAUAAAAGAGAAGCUGCCUGCUCCCCCUUCGCCAUCCAUACAGGAGGUCAACGACGUCCUUGCCAAGCUGCAGGAGGCGGCCGCUAAUGAAUGGGAGCGCCUACAACACCAACAGCAAGGGGGUGGCAACGUCGAAGCUGCCGCCGUUCAAAACCGGGUCAACCCCAUGGGUGCUAUGGACGGCGACCUCGGCCCCAUCCAGGAGCUCACCGCCAAGAUGAAUAGGGAGCCGCAGCACCAGCAGGAGAGGUUCGGCACAGACGACGAUGGAAGCAACGGCAAUGGCAACUAUACCCUUCAGGGAAUCCUCCCAAAUCCACCACCUGCACUAGGGAGGAGGGGUCGCCAUCUCAAGAAGCCUGCGUUGGAGAUUUCAAGCAUGUGCCGCAGUAAACGGCAAGCCUGCAGCAAGAUCAAGCAUCUGUCCGCGGAAGAAAGGGCGAAAGACGUCUUCUGCUGGCGCCUAGGCUACAUCAAGGACGACACCACACCAGUGGAAGAAGCAAAUCAGGGACUUCAUCGCACAUUCCAGGGUCCCAUGCCCCAGUACAUCAUCAAGGCUAUGAUGGCGGUGUUCCAUCUUGAGGAUGAAGAUCUUUGCAAGGCGACCAACGCUCUCAUCAAGAUUGGCAGCACAGAGGUGAUGGAAGCACCGAUGGUGAUCAACAAUGUGGCCUAGAAUGAAGAAAUCUCCGAGUCUUAUCCUCACCAUGUAUUUUGCUCCAGCCAUUGUAACGGCUCCCCAGUGCGGCCCUCUACGCUGGGCGUUCAGUAGUGCCGAACUUGUCCUACAAAUUUCGUUCCUUCCAUCUUCAUGGUCUUUUUUCAGAAUUGCCAGCUUUGUAAUAUGUAUGUUUAUUGCUACUUUCAAUUUCAGCGCUUCUUCACAU